AUGGCCUUCACUCAGCCAGCUUCCUGGAUUACCCCGCGCACAUGGUCACGAGACAACAAGGAAUUCUUCGUAUCGAAUGAUCCAGCAUUACUUUCUGUGGAAGCAGUCAAAGAGGCAUUCGCAAGUGAUUUCAUAUAUUGGGCCAAUGCCUCUAUUCCGGAUGAUGCUCUACGACAAAUGCUUUACGGCUCUAUGAGCUUCGGUGUUUACAAAAGGACCCAGUCGCAAGGCAACACUGCACCUUCAUCUACAAAAAAUACAGAGCAAAUUGGCUUGGCGCGCAUGAUGACAGAUGGUGUCUCUUUUGCAUAUCUUUCGGACGUUUAUGUUCUUCCUCAGUACCAAGGGAAAGGCCUGGGAACAUGGCUCAUUGACUGUGUCGCGGAAAUAUUCUCCAAAGAGAAUAUGCCUUACCUGCGCCGCAUAAUGCUGUUCACAGGGGACCCGCGCACAGAGGAGAUGUAUACAAAUGUUUUUGACAUGAGAGUACUUGGACACGAGGAAAGACCGGAUUUUCCACAUGGGCUCAACUUUCUUUGUGCGCGACCAAAUGCGAAGGUUGACUGA